CCCGAGGAGGACGAGGAGCAGGACGGGGCGGACGUGUUCGAGGUGGAGAAGAUCCUUGACGUGAAGACCGAGGGGGGUAAAACUCUCUAUAAAGUCCGGUGGAAAGGAUACACCUCUGAUGAUGAUACCUGGGAACCUGAGGCUCACUUGGAAGACUGCAAAGAAGUGCUUCUUGAAUUCAGAAAAAAUAAUAAGCCUAAACCUGUUAAAAAAGACAUACAGAAACCAUCUCUAAAUGAUGAUAUAUUUGAAGCAGAGUCUGACAGUGACUGGCAGAGUGAAACAAAAGAUGAUGUUUCACCAAAGAAGAAAAAGAAGAAGUCAAAAGAGGGAGAGGAUAAAAGUCCAGAUGACCUGAAGAAGAAAAAAUCUAAGUCUGCAAAAGUCAAGGAAAAACCCAGAACAGAAUGCGAAAAUUCCUCAGAUACUUUGGUUUUUGAUUCAAAGCCAAAAAAAAGGACUUUAGAAACUAAGGAAGAUUCAAAGGACCCAAAGAAGCAAAGGAAAGAAGAUACUAAAGAAAUCAAGAAAAAGAAGGGAGAAGUUAAAGAUUUAAAAACAAAAUCUAAAGAAGAUUCUAAAGAAAAUAAAAAAUCACAGGAGAAGCAUGGUGAUGUUCAGUUUGACUCAGAAUCAAGCACUGUAGAUGAUUCAAUUUAUCAAGGAACUGGUAAUGAAAAUUCAAACAUAAAUUCUGAAAAUAAAGAAGAGAGACAAAAGGUAGUAAGUGGAGAAGAGAGAUUGGAACAAGAAAUUAAUGAAAAAGGUGCCACAACUGAUAGAUAUCUUGAUGGAUCAGCAAGUAAUGAAGAUGACAGUAUUGAUACUAGGGCUAAAAGAAAGAAGAAAAAAAUUCAGAAAGCAGAAGACUAUAGAGAAGAAGAUGGAAAAGCAGAAAUUCAGGAUACUCAUUUAGAGAAGAAGAGCAUGCACAAAAAGCAAACAGGUCAAGAAAAAGCACCGGGAGAGCUGGAGAAAUUGUCACCUGUUACUUCACCAGUGCAGAGGGGUUUGAAAUUGAGCACUGAUGAGAGGGUGUGCAAGCCCACUGAUUCCCCUGGGGAGGAAAAAGAAGUAAAAAAACCUGAAAUUAAAGAAAAAUCUCAAAAAAAAGAGCCUGAAAAAGAAGAAAAAAGCAGGAAAGAGCAUAAAGUCCUAAAAAAUGGCAAGCAGCAAGUCCUGAGUUUGGGUAUGGACAUGCAGUUAGAGUGGCUGACACUAGAAGAAUUCCAGAAGCAUCUUGAUGGAGAAGAUGAGAAUCAUGUAUCAAAAGAGCCAAUAUCAAGUAGUCUCCUGAGAGAUGCUGUUAAAAGUGGAGACUACAUGACAGUGAAAAUGGCACUUUCUUCAAAUGAGGAAUAUAAUUUGAAUCAAGAGGAUGCAAGUGGAAUGACCCUGGUAAUGCUUGCUGCUGCUGGAGGGCACGACGACCUUCUGCGGGUGCUGAUCAGGAAAGGAGCUGAAGUUAAUGGUAGACAGAAAAAUGGGACAACUGCAUUGAUACAUGCAGCUGAAAAGAAUUUUCUAACAACAGUAGCUAUUCUUCUGGAAGCUGGAGCAUAUGUGAACAUGCAGCAGAGCAAUGGUGAGACUGCCUUAAUGAAGGCUUGUAAAAGAGGGAAUUCUGAUAUAGUGCGGCUCAUGAUUGAAAGCGGAGCUGACUGCAACAUUUUGUCCAAGCAUCAGAACAGCGCCAUGCAUUUUGCUAAGCAGUGCAAUAACGUACUGGUGUAUGAGCAGCUCAGGAGCCACUUGGAAAUGCUCUCCAAAGUAGCAGAAGAUACCAUCAGGAAUUAUUUUGAAACUCGCCUUGCUUUGCUGGAGCCAGUGUUCCCACUUGCGUGUCAUUGUCUCCGCGAAGGGCCAGAUUUUUCUUUGGAUUUUUACUAUAAACCUCCACAAAAUGUGCCAGAAGGAUCUGGAAUUCUUCUCUUUGUUUUCCAUGCAAAUUUCCUUGGUAAAGAAGUGAUUGCUCGGCUCUGUGGAACAUGCAGUGUACACGCUGUGGUUUUAAACGACAAAUUCCAGCUCCCUGUAUUUUUGGAUAGUCACUUUAUUUAUUCCUUCAACCCUACUGCAGGCCUUAACAAGCUUUUCAUACGGUUGGCAGAAUCUCCUGCUGCUAAGAUAAAGCUGCUCAUAGGAGCUUACAGAGUGCAGCAGCUGCCGUGACCUCUGGGCAUGCUGAGUGGACUGACACUUUUUUGGAUAUACUUCGGAUUCCUCUGCUCAGAGACUGAGAAAGCAGUUUGGAACUUUUUGGCACCACACUCUGAAGACUCAGUUCCCAGCUCGCUGCUACUCGUUGGCAGUCACAGGAAAUGUGUGUCAGAGAGCAGCUGAAUACGCUGCACUGGUGGGACAGGGUUGUCAGCUUUUUUAACUUUGUACAGAUGUAGAUGUAAGUAUUUGUGCCAAUACAUAUAAUUCUGUUUUUCUUUAACAUGUGGACUCCAGACUGCAUAUUUCAGCUUUUCCACAAUGUGGAACGGUGCAUAUAAGAACUAUUUAAGGUAAUUACAUGAAAUGUCUUUUUUAAAGAUCUUAAUUUGUAAACUGAAGUUUUCUACUUACUCUAACGUUUCUAUGUGAAAUGCAGAACUGUCAUAUUAUUUGAGCCAUAGGCAGAAAUUACACUUUAAAAUGACUGCAUUAGGUUUAACUUUUAAGUUGCUGAGGUUCUGGUUUAAAACUUCUCCUGUUCCUGUGUAUCAAUGAUACAUCAGUUAUGCUUAGAGUGAUUCUCUUUGAACUAGAGAGCUCAGUUUGCAGGCAUGAACAAAGACAUUGAACAGGCUCAAUUCACAGAAGGGUGGCAGUCAGGUUCCCAGUUAUACCACUGGUUAAACCUGCUUUGGUAUUAGAGAAGCAACUGGUAGUUUUACAAACAUCUUAAUUUUUGAGGUCUUAGGUGACAUCUGGAAAAACAACCACGAGGUGAAAAUAGCAAAUCAGAAAACUUGUAGCUACCUUCAGUGUCCAGGCAGUGCUUUUUGUAGACAAGAAAAUAAGAGAAUUUUAGAUGUCCUCCGCCUGACAGAUGACAGAACAUGUGUUGUCCUUUACUUCAGAAAUUCAGUUCCUCAGUGCAAA